CAAAACCUGCAUUUGUUCAUGCACUUUCUGACAAUCCUGGCCUGGGAACAGUAAUGAUCACUAAUCCCUCUUAUUGAGAAGGAUUAACAGGAAUUUUCACAAGGGCUUGGAACAUUUACAGGUGCAACUGGAAGUUAGAGCUGCUACACUAUGGGUUACAAAGCUUGUGUCUUAAGAUGCCUAUGUGUCAUGCUUUUAUAUCGGAUUAACGCAGCACAAGAUGAAGACCUAAGAAGUUGUAGGACUGCGGCAGGUGAUUUGGUAUUUAUUGUCGAUGGUUCCUGGAGUGUCGAAGAUGUCAACUUUGAAUUAGUAAAGCGGUGGCUUGUGAACAUAACCAAAAACUUCAACAUUGGACAGAAAUUUACCCAAGUUGGUGUCGUCCAGUAUACCGAUGAUCCCAUUUUAGAGAUACCUCUGGGGAAGUAUUCAACGAAUAAAGCUCUCAUCAAAGCAAUGGAAUCCAUCGAGUACAUGGGAGGAAACACGAGGACAGGCGCGGCCAUUGAGUUUGCUACAGACAAGCUUUUUGGUCUCUCUGAGCGUGGCCCGAUGGGCGUGUCCCGGAUUGCAGUUGUCCUCACCGAUGGGAAGUCUCAAGAUGAGGUUUGGAAGGCAGCAGAGGCAGCGAGAAAAAAAGGAGUCAUUUUGUUUGCAAUCGGUGUGGGGUCGGAGACGGAGGAAGCACAGUUGAGAGCCAUCGCAAACAAGCCUUUUUCAACGUACGUUUUCUCUGUUGAGGACUACAAAAGUAUUUCCAGGAUCAUACAAGUCAUACGACAAAAACUGUGUGAAGAGACGGUUUGUCCUGCAAGAAUACCUAUUGAUUCCAGAGAUGAGAAAGGAUUUGAUAUCCUACUCCAUUUAAAUCUGGCCAAAAAAGCCAAGAAAACAAAAGGAACAUAUCAUGGCACUAAGGCCUAUGAGGUGACGUCUCGUAUCGACUUGAGUGAAGCUACAAGGUUACUUUUCCCUGAUGGCCUUCCACCAUCGUAUGUAUUCGUUGCCACCCUGAGAUACAAGGGAUCGGUGGCAUUGGAAGAGUGGGACCUGUGGAGGAUCCAGACACGUGACGGGAGACCUCAAAUGGCAGUGACCAUAAAUGGACUUGAUGGCACCGUCCAGUUCACCACAACUAGUCACUCACUGAGCGGAACGCAAACGGUUACAUUUUCUCGUAACACUGCAAUGAAUCUGUUUGAUGAGAAAUGGCACCAACUACGACUAUUGGUCACUGAGGAGGACGUCACUCUUUAUGUUGAUGACCUGGAAAUCGAAAUGCUGUCUUUGGAGCCUCCUCUUGGCAUUUUCAUCAAUGGAAAAACUCAAGUUGGAAAAUACGUCAGCAAAGAAACAACAGCACCGUUUGAACUUCAGAAGCUCCGUAUCUACUGUGACCCAGAGCAGAACAACCGUGAGACUGCAUGUGAAAUACCAGGAGUGUGUUCUAACAGUCCAGAUUAUGCUGAGCCAACUCAAGAACCUUGUGUCUGUCCUCCGGGACCUCCAGGACUUCCAGGCAUGAAGGGUGAACCAGGAAAUGAAGGCAGACCAGGUCAACCUGGACGUGCUGGUGCUGAUGGUAAGCCUGGGGUGCCUGGCAUUAGAGGAAGUCCAGGCUUUCCGGGUAUACCAGGAAUGAAGGGUCAACGUGGGACCGAUGGGUUUAAAGGAGAGCAGGGGAGGCCCGGUGUUUCGGGUCAGAGAGGUGUGCCAGGAUUAACAGGACCAUCUGGGCAACCUGGAGAGAAGGGACCAGUUGGAUCACCUGGACAAGUCGGGAUGGCGGGUGAACCCGGAAAAACGGGAGAGAAAGGAAGUCUUGGACCUGCCGGGCCUCGAGGUUAUCAAGGAGCACCUGGGGAACCUGGGAGAGAUGGAAAGGAUGGAUUUCCUGGACCACCUGGUCUUAAGGGCGAAAGUGGGGCCAAUGGCAUCCCUGGUCUCGAUGGAAGGACCGGCCAUACAGGUUUGCCUGGAUCGCCAGGGAUGGCCGGUCUAACUGGACAAAAAGGAGAAGCUGGUUUUCCUGGAUCAAGGGGUCCCCAAGGAUCAGAUGGAUUACCUGGGCAAAUGGGUCCUUCCGGUCCACCUGGUUUAAAGGGAAAUAUUGGUCCAAAGGGCAGUAAGGGUGAAAUUGGAAGUCCAGGUAAACCAGGAAUACCAGGUUCUAUGGGAAGACCAGGUGAUCCUGGACAAGCAGGUGUACCGGGACACCCAGCGGUGCCUGGCCUAAAGGGAAGCAAGGGAGAAAGGGGACAUGCAGGUGAAAGAGGAGAUAUGGGAAUAAAAGGUGAAAAGGGAGCAGACGGAAAAUCAGGGAAUCACGGGUCACCAGGUCUGAGAGGACUAAAAGGGGAGAAAGGGACAACGGGGGAUCCGGGUCAGAGAGGCCAAGAAGGUCAUAUGGGCCGCCCUGGGCAGCCAGGUCAGGCAGGCCAAACGGGACCCAGAGGACCUCAGGGGGAUAGAGGUCCUGCCGGACAAUCUGGACCGGCGGGAAGAUCUGCAGGUGAAAUUUCAGAUAUGCACAUUCGACAAGUUUGCCGAGAGAUUCUUCAGUCUGAACUGCCAUCCAUAUUGCUGAGCCACCAGUCAAGCAACUGUGCCAGUUGCCAUGGCCUCCCUGGAACACCUGGCCUUCCAGGUCUGGCAGGGCCCCAAGGUGUUAGGGGACUACCUGGUCUAUCUGGUGCCAGGGGGCAGCCAGGCUACCGUGGUCAUCCAGGGCUACCCGGUAUUAAUGGAAUAAAAGGAGAUCCCGGGCUUAAGGGUGAAAAGGGAAGCCCAGGGCGCACCAUACACGGGGACCCAGGACCACCUGGGCCUCCAGGUCAAGUAGGUCCUCAAGGUUAUGGCAAACCGGGCGCUUCAGGUCAGCCUGGACCACCGGGUCAAAACGGAGCAGAGGGUAAAAGCGGUAAACCCGGCGCACCUGGCCAUCCUGGAGUGUGUGACCCAUCUUUAUGCUAUGGUAGCAUGAUGAGGCGGUCCUACAACAGCAAAGGACCAAAUUAUUGACAAUCCACCAGUGGGAGACUGGUGUGAAGCAAACAGCCAUUCUCAGGAAGAUCUCACCCUUAGAGUUGUCCUCUGGCGCAGGAACAAAUUGACCUCUUCAAGAUAUCAACAAUAAAUGUCAAAAGGCUCUGCACGACUAUUAAAAUGCCAUUUUUGUGAUGAAAACAAAGGAGACAAUGAAUCAUUUUAAAUGUAUCAGUGAGGCUACCAAAGAAUUUCCAAGGCAUUUUACCGACCAUGGAACGCAGAGUGGACAAAAUAUGGCUUGGUAAUGACGACAGAGAGUUUGAUGUCCCUUUGAAAUUGAUGAAGAGAAGACAAUUGCUACAUAAGAUUGUGAAGGUGACUUCAGGAACAUCCGAUUCACCUGCAGGUGCAUGAAGGUUAUAUUCUCUCGAAAUUUGAUAUUCUUAGUUCAUUGUGGUGAAAUUAGAAUCAUUACAGAACAAUGGGUAAAUGAUUCCUUGCAACACUCUUUUGCUUUGUUUAGCUUUGAAACUUAGGUAUGCUUGGGUUGUAUGGCUGGUACAUGAUCCCAUAUUGCCCCCUGGUGAUGGAUUUCUGCACGAUGGGCACUUAGUUGACUGCUUAUGACGUGGACCAGUGUUUUCCAAACUGUGACCACCCCACCACACUAUAUCUAUUUCACAGAACAGCUAAUUAGUAAAUGAAAACGUAUUUUCAGACUGGAUGGUCAGGGGAAAAAAAGAGGACAAUGCUUUUCAUAAAUUGCGAAGCGGUCCAUGUUUAAAAAUGUGUUUAAGAAACACUGAUUAAAUGCUCAAAGUCAAACUACAUUCACAACAGCCAUAAUUGCGUAAUGGACAGUAUGUACUGUAUAUUACAUUAAAAAAAAUCAAACUUGUUUAAUUGGCUGCCCGUAGCUAAUCACCCAGCGGCAUUAUUUUGUUUAUAAAGUGUUAUUUAUGAAUUAACUUUCCAUACAAUCAUCAUGAUAUUACACAAUGAAUAGUAAUGAUUGUAAUAUAGGCUGGAAAUAUGUUUUCAAUACUUAGCGGUCCCUUCAUUAGUGUAGUAAAUAUUUGUAUUAUUUAUAAUUCUGAGUCAUAAUUGUAGUUUUUUUAGCAUUGUCAUGAUUGCCUUUUUGUAUUUUUUUAAUGCUGCAACUCGUGUUCAAACAUAUUCAAAUUAAACAGUUUUUCAGA